ACACUAUGACAGCUUUUCAUAUCUUUUGCAGACCAACAACAACAAACCGAUCGGAAAACAAAACCUCAAAUGUUGGACUACGAAUGGGGCAUGCUAAACGGCGCCGUUUCAGUCACCGCCGUCGACGAGCCCGCCUCACAAUCUGACCAAACCCGCCACAUCUUUGACCACUACUCACAAACCUUCAACGACACCAACAAUUCACACUAUCUCAACCCAAAUGACUUCAUUCACCAAACCCAUAACCCGACCCAUCACUACCUCCACAACCACCCGACCCAAACCCACCCCCAUUUCAGUUCCAUGUACGACCCACGCGCCUACGCCGGCGAGUGUGGAUACCAACACUCUCCAACGCCGUUACUCUCGCUUGAGCCGGAGAGCGGCGGCUCGCAACCGGCUUACAUGCUCUUGCCGAAAACGGAGCCGGCGGCUUGCGCCAUUGACUUUGCUAACAACCGGAUUGGGUUGAACUUGGGUGGGCGGACGUAUUUUUCAUCCGCAGAGGAUGAUUUUGUGAACCGGCUGUACCGCCGGUCCAGGCCGCUAGAGGCAGCGCUUGUUAGCUCGCCACGCUGUCAGGCUGAGGGGUGUAAUGCCGAUCUUACCAACGCUAAACAUUACCACCGCCGACACAAGGUGUGCGAGUUUCACUCCAAGGCUUCUACUGUCAUCACCGCUGGCUUGACCCAACGCUUUUGCCAGCAGUGUAGCAGAUUCCAUCUCUUGUCGGAAUUUGAUAAUGGAAAGAGAAGUUGUCGGAAGAGAUUGGCUGAUCACAACCGUCGGCGUAGAAAAUCAUCACAAAAUCAAGACCAUAGCAAGUCCUUCGUCACUGCUACAAGUACUCAAAGUUCAUCUUCCGAAAUCAUAUCAAGGUAUCAAGCGGAUUCAAGAGUUUAAUCCUGAUGGGUGGCACAAUGCAAUUGGUUUCCAUUAUCGAAGAUCAACAUGGUAUCCCUCGACUAGGUGACUAGCUAGUAUAAAUAAUGUCGUUUUUCUAUUAAAUUUUUAGAUUGGUACGACAAAAGUUUUAAUUUCAUCGGAUUUUAAUUCUUAAUUAAAUGUAUGGUAGGCUUAAUUAGUUUUAUAUAUAGAAAUUAUUUACUGACUCUAGUUUUAUC